AUGUUGCGAGGUUCCAUGUUCGAACCCCGGUUCACCCGGGGCUUGUUUGUGUGGCCGCAUGCCCGCAUGUUCUCUCUGUGCCUGCGUGGGUUCUCUCCGGAGGAAGGGGAGGAGGAUGAGGAGGGGGGAAGAGAGAGAGAGGCAGGAGCAGGAGGAGAGAGAGAGACAGGAGAGGAUGGAGAAGAGGAGGAGGAGGAGGGAGGAGAGAAAGAGACAGGAGGAGGAGGAGAGGGAGGAGAGAGAGAGGCAGGAGAGGGAGAGGCAGGAGCAGGAGGAGAUAGAGAGGCAGGAGAGGGAGAGGCAGGAGAGGAUGGAGAAGAGGAGGAGGAGGAGGAGGAGGAGGGAGGAGAGAAGGAGACAGGAGGAGGAGGAGAGGGAGAGGGAGGAGAGAGAGAGGCAGGAGAGGGAGAGGCAGGAGCAGGAGGAGAGGGAGAGGGAGGAGAGAGAGAGGCAGGAGAGGGAGAGGCAGGAGCAGGAGGAGAGGGAGAGGGAGGAGAUGGAGAGGCAGGAGAGGAUGGAGAAGAGGAGGAGGAGGAGGGAGGAGAGAAAGAGACAGGAAGAGAGGGAGAGGGAGGAGAGAGAGAGGCAGGAGCAGGAAGAGAGGGAGAGGGAGGAGAGAGAGAGGCAGGAGAGGGAGAGGCAGGAGCAGGAAGAGAGGGAGAGGGAGGAGAGAGAGAGACAGGAGAGGGAGGAGAGGGAGAGACAGGAGAGGGAGGAGAGGGAGAGACAGGAAAGGGAGGCGAGGGAGAGGAGCAGGAGGAGAGGGAGAGGGAGGAGAGAGAGAGGGAAGAGAGGGAGAGGCAGGAGGAGAUGGAGAGACAGGAAAGGGAGGAGAGGGAGAAGGAGGAGAGAGAGAGGCAGGAGAGGGAGGAGGAGACAGGAAGAACUGAAGCUCAACCAAAGAGGGGCCUCAUUUCGAAGAUGAAGAUCCGGUACCUGGAGCACCAGAGGGACCAAGUCAUCAAGGCCAUCUCGAGGACCCACAAGAAGGAGGUGGCCAUUGAUGCUGGUGACGACACUCCUGAGAGGAAGGAGAUCAGAACGUGGAGGCAACAGGGCAAGAGGAAGAAGCUGCUGAAGAAGCAACAGAAGAUGGAAGAGAGGAUAAGGUGCAAGAGGGAGAAGCGGAGAGACGACAAGAAGGUUGGACUCUUCUCUCGGAUGCUUACAGGAUUCUUUGAGGGGUAUGGUGACUUUAACAUGGCUCUUCUUAGUUUUUCUGUGGUAAUUGCAGUUUCUGAAUUUGACUAAAGUCCACAGGACAUAAAUUAGAAAAACAAUGUUAUUUGAACCUAAUACAUUAUUAUUAAUAUUAUCAGUAGUAACCAGCCAAUAGCAAUAUAGUCAAUAUUGUCUUUAUCAUUUACUAUGUAAUAUUUACUUGAUAUUUAAAUGAAAAGUCUAAGACAAUGUAAUAUAAUCUAACUGAACAAAAACAUACUUCAUGUAAUUUCUAAAACAGUAAUUGUGAUAUAGAAUAAAGUUAUUUGUCCUCCGAUGAGGGGGGGUGGUGGCGGGUUAAAAUUAAAUUUUUAAAAAAGUAAUUCAAAUAACUCUUAAAUGUUAAAGAGUAGACAUCACAAAGUGCUCAACAAUAAAAGAACAAACAACAAAAGGCAGGAGUGAGAAAAAACAAGACCAAGUCCAAACUAGAGGUUAAAGUAGUUAGAAGGAAAAAAAGAGAAUUUUAAAAAAGGCUAAUAUAGUUGUUAUAUAUAUAUAUAAUAAUAAUAAUUUAGAAUAAAGUUAUUUGUCCUCCGAAGAGGGGGGGUGGUGGCGGGUUAAAAUUAAUCCAAAAUUGAAAAAAAAGUAAUGAGAAACAUGCAGGAGAGAAUCAUACUUCAAAUAACUAAAUUAAGGGUCCCCAUGGACCAUAAACAUGCAGCCUGUCUGGUUUCAUUUCUAUAGCAAUGUUCAAGAGUAGAUGUCACAAAGUGUUUAGCAAUAAAAGAACAGAAAACAAAAGGCAGGAGAGAGAAAAAACAAAUAAGAUCAAGACAAAAACAGAGCAAAUUAGAAAAACGCAAGUCUAAACCAGUAGUUAGAAGAAGAAAAGAACAUUUUAAAAAGGCUAAUAUAGUUAUUAUAUAUAUAUAAAAAUAGUCAUUUAGAAUAAAGUUAUUUGUCCUCCGAUGAGGGGGGGUGGUGGCGGGUCAAAAUUUUAAAAAAGUAAUUCAAAUAACUCAAGUAAGGUUCCACAUGGACCAUUCGCAUGUAGCCUGGCCGGUUUUAUUUAUAUGAGAAUGUUAAAGAGUAGACAUCACAAAGUGCUCAGCAAUAAAAGAACAGAAAACAAAAGGCAGGAGUGAGAAAAAACAAGUAAGACCAAGUCUAAACUAGAGGUUAAAGUAGUUAGAAGAAAAAAAAGAGGUUUUUAAAAAAGCCUAAUAUAGUUGUUAGAUAUAUAUAUAUAUAUAUAAUAAUAGUCAUUUAGAAUAAAGUUAUUUGUCCUCCAAUGAGGGGGGGUGGUGGCGGGACAAAAUUUUAAAAGAAGGAAUGAGAAGCAUGAAAGAUAAUUGCAGUGUGUUUUGUUUAAGACAGAGAGAUAAAAUGAUAAGCAUGGAAAAAAUCUGUAGUGUGCAUUGUCCAGCACAAUAUAAAUAUGAUCAACAUCACAGAGAGCCUGUCAUGGUCAUCUCACUUCUCCACCCUGGUAAAAACAACUCAGAAACAACUGUACCUCUUAAGGAAACUGAAGAAGACUAAAUUCCUAAAGGAGCAAUAGAAAGCAUCCUAACUGGAAACGUGCACAGCACCGGACAGCUCUGCAUUGGGUGAUUCAAACUGCCCAGGACGUCAUUGAUAUCUACUGAGCAUGAGUGAUACUGGUGAGGUGAUAUAUCCACCCCAUCCACAGCCGGUCUUUCCCUUAGGCUUUGAGAUCACUGAAUUCAUCAUCCACACUCCACCACGAAAAUUGUUUUAUUUUUAUGACUUGAUUAUUUAUUUAUUCAUUUAUGUAACAAAAAACCCCCAAAACAUUUAUGUUAAUUUGUUUGUGAGUAGCAUACAGACAAAUAUCUGUAAAUAUUUGUUAUACAAUCUUAUGAUGCAUAAUGAUAAUUAGAUUGAAUCUUCAAUAUGAACGUAUAUGAAAAUUGGGUCUUAAUAUUAUGUUUAUUAUAUUAUUGUAUCAUUUGAUAUUUGAAUUAAGAAUACAGAGGGAGGAAAGGUAAAGCGGUGUAUGUGAUAGUAGUAAUGUACAUUGUUUUAAAAGAUGUGGUCUAUACAGCCCUGAGCAAGUUCUACAGCUGCACUGUUGAAACAUCCAGAGAGGAUGCAUCACAGUAUGCUGUAGUAACUUGACUGCUUCAGAGGUUUGUAAGUGGAUUUAAAAAUCACAAGGAAAGACCUGCUCUCAGUGUACGAUAUGUUACUGGCUGCCUCAGGAAAACCCAAACCAUCAAUAAGGAUAUCUGACAUUCAGCUCAGUCACUAUGCUCUCUGUCAUCACCUGGAAAACACCAUCAGAGCACCAUCACACACACCUCGCAGCGAAGAGACAGUUUCUCUCCACAGGCAAUAGAAUUGUGUGCUUGGUUCUUGUAACUUGUGUGCUCUAUUGAUAUACUAUUUAUACCGAUUGGAUUCUCCGUAUUUCAGAGGCAUUUUCUAUAUAUUGUAUAGUUUUGCAGUGAUAAAUAAUUGCACUGUAUAUAUACUUGAUGGUUUCUGUGUCAUGGAAGGUAAAAUUUGAACUUGACAAAGACAGAUAUUAUUCAGCUUAAAGUAGAGUUCUGCUGCUUUCUUUGAUCAUAAUAGUUUUAACAGCAGUUUAUUUUUUUAUUAUUUGUUAUCAACUCCGUUUUAUGAGCUGGGUAUGAAUUAGACAAUGUAAUCCUUAAAGUCAAACUGCAGUUAAAAUGUGUUGAUAAAUAAU